AUGGCCUCUACUCCCCCCUCUGCUGAGUCUUCCUUGAGCCCAGGAUCCCAGAAAGAGAGGAAAACUGCUCGGGCAUCUCGUACACCCCAAACUCCCCAGGGUGCCUCCACCUCCACAAGGGCCGUCUUAACCAAGGACACCUGCAGCCAGGAAGGAGUGGGUGCUAUAACCCCCAGGACCAGGUCUGAGUACUGUCUGCUAAGUGAGUUGGAAAAACUUGUGUGGCAUAUAGUGAAUAUUUUGCUGUACAAGUAUUAUUCUCAGAAAAUUAUCAAGAAGAAAGAGAUCCUGGAUCACUUCAUCAAAAGGAAUGAGAGGUACUUCACCGAGGUCUUCGAGAAGGCCGUGGAGAUCAUGCAGAGGGUCUUUGGUGUGGAAGUGAAGGAGGUGAACGCCUUAUCCCACACUUAUUCCCUGAACUCCUUUAUGGACCUCACCUAUGACAAGGAUCCUAGUCGAGAAGAACCGCCCAUGCCUAAAAAUGGCCUCCUAAUUACAGUCCUGUGUACCAUCUUCCUGGAAGGCGGCUGUGCCAAUGAGGCAAAGAUCUGGGAGGCAUUGAAGAGGAUGGAUAUGCAUGUUGACAAGAAUCACAUCCUUUUCGGGAACCCCAACGACCUCCUCAAAGAGUUGAAGGACAUGAAGUACAUAGACAUCAGGCGAGUGCCCAAAACCCACAAAGCUGUCUAUGACUACCGCUGGGGUCAAAGGGCCAAGAAUGAGACCAGUGAGAUAAAAAUCCUGGAACACCUGGCCAAGAUGAGAGGAACUGACCUAGAUUCCUUCCCCAGCCAGUAUGUGCAGGCUCUGAGAGAGGAGGGGAAGAAGAAAGGACCAGUGCCAGAGGAAAUCAAGGCUCUCUUCGAUUGCCUUGACAUGUUUGCUAUAGGGAUUCGGGUACCGCUGCCAGAAGGCGGCAAACACUUGGUCCCAGGAACUCCGGAGCACGCUCUGGCCCAGGAAAUAUUUGACCACUGUCCCGGCCACGAAGGGCUCAACACCCGCAAAGCAUUAGGAGUGCAGAGCCUGGGGGGCACGUGGAGGCUGGGCCAGAGCUCGGCGCCCGCCCGCCAGGCUCGCUCAAUCACCACCAAGUCAACCACCACGGGCAACCAUCAGCCAUCCUCCUUCUGGUCGCCAAGACUCAUCAUGUCGCAGAAGAGUCAGGACUGUGAGCAGAAGCACGGGCUCCAGGAGCAGAGCGAGCCCCAGAUCCUGGAGGGGGUGCAGAGCCCAGGGGCUGAGGAGGGGGCGGCUGCCAUGGCCUCUACUGCCCCCUCUUCCUCCUCUGCUGAGUGUUCCCUGAUCCCGGGACCCCAGGAGGAGGGGACUCCUUUGGGGGCAGAGAGUACACCCCAGAGUCCCCAGGAUGCCUCCUCCUCCCCCGAAGGGGCCAUGUCAGCUGAGGGCACCAGCAAUCAGGAAGGGGCGGGUGCUAGAGCCCCCAGGGCCAGGUCUAAUGCUGAGCGCAGGCGCAGAGAAAAUCUAGAAAAGAAUGUGUGGCUUUUGUUGAAUUUCCUGCUCUUCAAGUAUCAAAAGCGGGAGAGCACUAAUAAGACAGAAAUUCUAGCUCUGCUCAGCAGAAGGGAUGAGAGAUACUUCCCCAGGAUCUUUGGGCAGACCUUGGGGAUCCUGCAGCUGCUCUUUGGUGUGGAAGUGAAGGAAGUGAACCCCACCUCCCACACCUAUGUCCUGGUCCCCUCCCUGGGCCUCACCUAUGACCUGAUGUCCCAGAGCCAUGUGCUGACCUUGCCCAGGAACGGCCUCCUGAUCACGGUCCUGUGUGUCAUCUUCCUGGAAGGCGGCCAUGCCCCUGAGGAGAAGAUCUGGGAGGCACUAGACAUGAUGGAAGUGCGUGCAGGGAGGGAGCACUUCAUUUUUGGGGAGCCCCACAGGUUCCUCACUUACAAUUGGGUGCAGAAGGGGUACUUGCAGGUCAGACAAGUGCCCAACAGUCAGCCUCCCUGCUACGAGUACCUGUGGGGGCCACAGGCCCACGCAGAAACCAGCGAGCUAAAAGUGAUGGAGUAUCUGGCCAAGAUGAGUGGCACGGACCUGAGUUCCUUCCCAACUGAUUACUUUCAGGCUCUGAGAAAGAUGGAGGAGGAGAGAGGGCGAGCUAAGUCGACCACCACGGGCAACCAUCAGCCAUCCUCCUUCUGGUCGCCAAGACUCAUCAUGUCGCAGAAGAGUCAGGACUGUGAGCAGAAGCACGGGCUCCAGGAGCAGAGCGAGCCCCAGAUCCUGGAGGGGGUGCAGAGCCCAGGGGCUGAGGAGGGGGCGGCUGCCAUGGCCUCUACUGCCCCCUCUUCCUCCUCUGCUGAGUGUUCCCUGAUCCCGGGACCCCAGGAGGAGGGGACUCCUUUGGGGGCAGAGAGUACACCCCAGAGUCCCCAGGAUGCCUCCUCCUCCCCCGAAGGGGCCAUGUCAGCUGAGGGCACCAGCAAUCAGGAAGGGGCGGGUGCUAGAGCCCCCAGGGCCAGGUCUAAUGCUGAGCGCAGGCGCAGAGAAAAUCUAGAAAAGAAUGUGUGGCUUUUGUUGAAUUUCCUGCUCUUCAAGUAUCAAAAGCGGGAGAGCACUAAUAAGACAGAAAUUCUAGCUCUGCUCAGCAGAAGGGAUGAGAGAUACUUCCCCAGGAUCUUUGGGCAGACCUUGGGGAUCCUGCAGCUGCUCUUUGGUGUGGAAGUGAAGGAAGUGAACCCCACCUCCCACACCUAUGUCCUGGUCCCCUCCCUGGGCCUCACCUAUGACCUGAUGUCCCAGAGCCAUGUGCUGACCUUGCCCAGGAACGGCCUCCUGAUCACGGUCCUGUGUGUCAUCUUCCUGGAAGGCGGCCAUGCCCCUGAGGAGAAGAUCUGGGAGGCACUAGACACGAUGGAUGUGCAUGCAGGGAGGGAACACUUCAUUUUUGGGGAGCCCCGCAGGCUUCUCACUCAUGACUGGGUACAGAAUGGGUACCUUGAGGUCAGACGAGUGCCUAACAGUCAGCCUCCUUGCUAUGGGUACCUGUGGGGGCCACGGGCCUAUGCAGAAACCAGUGAGCUAAAAGUCAUAGAGUAUCUGGCCAAUAUCAGUGGCAGGGACUUGAGUUCCUUCCCAGGUCAUUACAUGCGGGCUCUGAGAGAGGCGGAGGAGGAGAGAGGGCGAGCUGUAGCCAGAGCCUUGUACAGGUCCUUUGGUUGUAUCCAUCCCAGGCCACACCCACCACCUCCUAACGCUUAG